UCCUGUAUUAAUGGAAAUGCAGCUUUAAUUUAUUCAAUAAAGUGCAAUGCAUUUACGUUGGCAGCACUGUGUUACGUUCUAGGAGUGUGUACAUAAAUGACACGAAGCAUUAAAUUUUCUAAAAUUAAGUGAACAAAAAUAUAUUACGCAGCAUGCCUGCACAGGAAGUUGCUGUUAUACAACCACCAGCAACCGAGAAUGAAGAAAAUACGGCACCUUCAUCUCAACCGAUCGUGGGUAUUAUUUACCCUCCACCGGAAGUUAGAAAUAUUGUUGAUAAAACCGCUAGUUUCGUGGCCAGAAAUGGACCAGAAUUUGAAUCAAGAAUCAGACAAAACGAAUUGGGAAAUCCAAAGUUUAAUUUCUUAAAUUUUGGUGAUCCUUACCAUGCGUAUUAUCAGCAUAAAGUAAAGGAAUUUAAGGAAGGAAAAGGUCAAGAACCUACUAUAGGGACAGGGCCUGGAAAAACAGUUAAUCUUGCUGCUCAUCAAAAGCAGCAAGAAAUUUUGAAACAAGUUGAACAACCAUUUAUUCCACGAGAUACUCCUGCAGAAUUUGAAUUUAUUGCUGAUCCACCUUCUAUUUCAGCUUUAGAUCUGGAUAUUGUAAAAUUAACAGCACAAUUUGUAGCCCGUAAUGGUCGUCAAUUUUUGACUAAUUUGAUGAAUAGAGAACAAAGAAACUUCCAGUUUGAUUUUCUACGUCCACAACAUUCUUUGUUUCAGUAUUUUACAAAACUCUUGGAACAAUAUACUAAGGUAUUAAUUCCACCUAAAGAUUUAUUACCACGACUACGUGAUGAAGCCUUUAAUAUGGAUAAAAUUUUAGAGCAAGUUAAAUAUCGUGCUGAGUGGUUAAAGUAUCAAGAAGCUCAAAGACGCAAAGAAGAGGAGGAAUUGGAACGUGAAAGGGUUGCAUAUGCACAAAUUGAUUGGCAUGAUUUUGUUGUAGUCGAAACUGUUGAUUACCAACAAUUUGAAGUUGGUAAUUUCCCAGCACCAACAACGCCAGAUGAAGUUGGUGCUCGAGUACUUAUGCAGGAAAGAAUAGAGGAAGGUGAAGAUGUAGAAAUGCAAAUUGAUAGUGAAGGAGAGGAUGAAAUGCAAAGUCGUACAGAAGGAGAAAAAGAUCGCGCGAAAGACAACAAUCAAGUACAAGAUAUGGAAGAGGAUUCGAGUGAUGAAGAUGAUGUAUCACCUCCGGGUGAUACUCAUAAAUCGAAAGAACCAAAACCACGCGAUAGUAAUAAUAUGCAACCUCCGCCUUUGCCACCAACUCCAGGAAAUGUUGUAGUAAAGAAAGGAUAUGAUCCUAAACAACAUUCAAUUAAAACUGCACGUCCUGCUGCUCCUGAUGAAUACUUGAUAUCUCCAAUCACUGGAGAACGUAUACCCGCAAGUAAAGUCCAGGAGCAUAUGCGAAUUGGAUUAUUGGAUCCGCGUUGGGUUGAACAAAGAGACAAGCAUCUUGACAAGUUGGCUCAGGAGACAGUAUUUGCACCUGGUACAGCUAUUGAAGCCAGCUUGAAACAACUUGCUGAGAGACGAACCGAUAUUUUCGGUGUCGGUGAUGAAGAAACUGCAAUCGGUAAAAAGAUUGGAGAAGAAGAUAAAAAGAAAGAUGACAAAGUCACAUGGGAUGGACACACAUCAAGUGUUGAAGCAGCGACGAGGGCUGCUAGAGCAAAUAUUACUUUGGAAGAACAAAUUCAUCAGAUUCAUAAAGUUAAAGGACUUCUUCCGGACGAAGAGAAAGAAAAGAUUGGUCCGAAACCUGCUAAUCGUGCAGCUGAACUGUCACAUAUGGCAGCAGCUGCUUCGAAACCUCAAGCUACAUUAAAGGCACCACCUAAACCACCAGCUCCAAAGCCAGUACCGGUACCAACGCAACCACCACCACCUCCUACUAUGAGCAUGCCUACUAUGGGUAUUCCUCAGCCAAUGAUGCCGCAAGCACCGAUGAUGAUGAUGGCCCCUAUGCCUCCGAUUCGACCACCACCGCUUAUGACGCCAGCAAUGUCGCCAUUUAUGCCGACACCACCGCCGAUGCAGCCACCAAUGGCAUCUGCUAUUGGAUUAAAACAUACUGCUGAACCUAUGGAGGAGGAACCUCAAACUAAGAAACUUAGAACGGAAGAUUCAUUGAUACCAGAACAACAAUUCUUAGCUAGAAAUAAGGGGCCUGUACAACUAAAUAUUGCUGUACCAAUGAUGACAGAAAAAGCAGAAUGGAAGUUAAAUGGUCAAACAUUGAAUAUUACUUUGCAAUUAAGUGAUACCGUGGCGACAAUGAAAGCUCUUAUUCACGAGCAAACUGGCAUGCCACCUGGCAAGCAGAAGUUACAGUACGAGGGAAUGUUUUUCAAAGAUAGUAAUACUCUUGCAUAUUACAAUUUGACAUCUGGUAAUGUAAUUAACCUUUUACCAAAGGAAAGAGGUGGCAGGAAAAAAUAAAAAGAGAAAUAUAUAACUAUACCUUGAAACUUUCA